AUGUCUUCUUCAGCGGAAAACCUAGAAAAGUAUCGAAUUCCACUCAAAGAGAUCAUGCGGGCCACAAGAAACUUCAGCUCAAAAACAAUGAUCGGAGAUGGUGGAUUCGGUUUUGUCUACACCGGACAACUCUCUGAAAAAUGGAAAAAACGCACAGUAGCCAUCAAACGCCUUAAUCCGGGUGGUCAUCAAGGAAACAACGAGUUCCGUAAUGAACUCGAUAUGGUUUCCAGUUUCCAUCAUCCAAACAUCAUCACUUUCAUUGGCUUCUGCGAUGAGGCCAAGGAGAUGAUCAUAGUUUCCGACUUUGCUAUCAAUAAAAGCCUUGAUCAUCAUCUCCAUAAGCCGGAUAAGAUGCGUAGAAUAACAUGGGCACAACGCUUGAAGAUUUGCUUAGGUGCAGCAAAAGGGCUAAAAUACCUUCACUCUGGUCUUGGGGAAGACAAAAGAGUAAUUCACAGAGACGUGAAGAGUGCAAAUAUACUCUUAGAUAACAAUCUGGAUGCCAAAAUCUGUGAUUUUGGUUUGUCAAAAUUUGGUGCAAGAAAUGAGGAAGAUAGCCAAGUUCAAACGAAGGUUGCGGGGACAAGGUAUUACAUGGAUCCGGUUUACAAUGAAAGAAGCAGGCUCACGAAAGAGUCAGAUGUGUACUCGUUUGGAGUUGUAAUGUUUGAAAUGUCGAGUGGGACAUUGGUAUAUCAUCCGAAGUGCUUUGGAAGUGAUUCAAAGCCACAAUUUCUCCUUGAUGUGGUCCGAAGCUGCUAUGACGAUGUCAAGAAUGCUGCAAGACCAGAAACGUUAAUUGAUCCUAUUUUAAGAGAUGAUAUUAAUAUUGAUUCUUUUAAUAUAUUUAACAAAAUCGCACAUGAGUGCAUUAACCUGAAGUUAGAACAGCGCCCACCGAUGGCUAGGAUCAUCAGGAAGAUUGAGCAUGCAUUGCAAAUUCAAUUAAAUCAACACGAAUCACCUUCUACCAUUCCCACACGAAGCCUAGAAAAUUUUCUAAUUCCAUUGAAGGAUAUCAACUUGGCCACCCAAAACUUUGACGUGAAAACAUGCAUCGGAGUGUAUGAACAUUGCGUAGUGCACAAAGGAGAGCUCAAUGGACGCACCAUGGCCAUACAACGCUUGUCUCCAAACACCGAGCAUGAAUUCUAUAAAGAACUCAAGAUAAUUUCCAGUUUUCACCAUCAAAACAUCUCCACUUUCAUUGGUUACUGUGAUGAAGCCAAUGAAAGAAUUAUCGUUUAUGAAUAUUAUGUCAAUGGAAGCCUUGUUGAUCAUCUCGAAAACUGGAGCACUAAGUUGCCUAAACUAACAUGGGCACAACGGCUGACAAUUUGCCUAGGGGCAGCAAGAGGACUCCAGUACCUUCAUUGGAUCGGUGGGGAGGACAAGAACAUAACACGCGGAAACAUCAACAACUUUAACAUAAUGUUAGACGAAAAUAUGGAAGCCAAAAUCACUUUUUUUGGUUUGUCAAAGAGACAUCACAUAUAUCAUAAACUCCAUGAACACAUACCAGAUGUGUACUCAUUUGGGGUGAUAAUGUAUGAAAUGUUGAGUGGAAUCACGGCUCAUGAACUAGACAGAUAUGCUGAACGAGAAAACCAAAUAGGCCUAUUUCAACAGUACUAUCGCAACAAUGCACUCAACCAAUUCAUUGAUCCCUUUAUAAGAGAUCAAAUUGAUAGCCGUUCUUUGAGUAUACUUUUAAAAAUUGCGUAUCGGUGCAUAAAGAGGGGAAAUGAAAAGCACUUAAUGAGGAACUAUGCCGGGCCAGGUCCUGGGUGGGGGCCAGCUUCAAGUGGCAAGGAUAAACGUGUACGCUUUAUGAUGGACGAAGUUGUUGAGGGGAUUGAGGAUGCAGCAGAUUUUGAAGGAAAUGAAAAGUAG